CACACGACUUUGGCACGGUUUAGUAUCGUCGCGACAAUUAUCGUAAUUAACUCGUUUAUGUGUUGUGUGCUAAUCCAAUUACCAAGUUCGCACAGGAUGCCCCCAAUCGUGGCAGGCUAAGAGAACAAAAAUUAAUUCAAUCAAUCGGACAACCCAAGAAUUAAGUUCGAAAUUAAAAAUCAGUUGCAUUGUCUCGCGAUCGCGAUCCCAAAUAAAUCGAAAGUGUUUUAGACAAAAGUUCAACCUUAAAUUUAUACAAUAUUUUGCAAUUGAUUUGCUAGACAUGUUAAACUACCAACAGCAAAUGCAUUCGCUGCCCGUCGGCAACCCGGGAAAUUUCUACUACGGACCGACGGGAUCGCAUUCGCUCACAGUUUCCGGCGAGGUAUAUCCAGCACUUCAGUCGCAAAAUCUUGAGGCGCCAGAUAAACUGAACGAUCGUGAGGGCAGUGCCCGAGAUCUGGACAAAAUGCACCGAUUUUCGGUAGAUAACAUCAUGGAAAUGAAACACGAGACCUAUGCCAAAGGCAAACUAUCCAUGGAACUGAAUAACAAUUAUGGCACCAAUGGCGGAGGUGGUAGUGGUGUAGCCCCCUGCUCCGGAAGUCUCCCAGUGGGCCACUCAAGGAAGCCGCGCCGCAAUCGCACCACCUUCAGCUCCGCCCAGCUGACGGCCUUGGAGAAGGUAUUCGAACGGACCCACUACCCGGAUGCCUUUGUCCGCGAGGAGCUGGCCACCAAGGUGCAUCUGAGCGAGGCAAGAGUGCAGGUCUGGUUUCAGAAUCGGCGUGCUAAAUUCCGGCGGAAUGAGAGAAGCGUGGGCUCGAGGCCUCUGCUGGAUUCGGCUCCACAGCUGGUGCCGGCGCCCAUUAGCAAUAAUAUGCACAAAUAUGCGAGUCUGCCACACCCACCGCCUCCGCCGCCGCCCGGGGCCUAUGCCCUCAACUUUGGGCCGCUGGAACUGCGCUCGUGCCAGAACUAUACGAACUGCUACGGCGGAUUCGGAACGAAUCCUGCGCCCAACAGCGGAGUGUGUUCCUUCUUCGGAGCGGCCACGAACUACUGCGUGGCUGCCAACUACGCGAAGAACGCCUAUCCGCCGCUCUGAUGACGACGGCUAGCUUUUAAUGGGCCCCACGAGGUUACUUCAUGCAUAUGUAUUUCAAUUAGCCAAAUUGCAUUAAUGUUUAAAAAUGUAUUAAGACUAACAUAUUCGCCUACCUGACUAAUACAUACUUAUAUUUAUACGACACAAAACCAGAUGUGACGCACCGAAGGAAGC